ACUUGUAUACCCUCCACAAAAAUGGUAAACACGAAAUUUUGAAAGUUACGAAAGUGCAAAGUCUUCUAUAAUUGGUGUUUAUCGGAAUUUUAGUCUAAUUUUUACAAUCAUAUUAUGAACUUUCGAGGAAGUGCAACAGAGGAUCAAUUUGUAAAAUAUGUUGAAGACAAUCCGAUUCUUUGGGACAACCGAUGUCAGGAUUAUAAAGACUGCAAAGAAAAAGCACUGGUAUGGGAUUCUGUUGGAAAUGCGUGUGGUAUAACAGGAGAACAAGCUCGUUUAAAGUGGGUUAGUUUACGUGAAAAGUAUCGAAGGGAAAAGCUUUAUUGGGAAAACAUCGAAAAGAAUGGAAACUCAAGCAAUACGCCGCUCAAAGAGCUGUGGCCUUUAAUGAAGAAAAUGAAGUUUAUCGACGCUGUUUCCACAAGAAGACAUUCAUAUCGAAAAAUCAUGAAGAUGGAAGGAAAUAAUAAUAAUUCAACUUGUGUCAGUUUUCAUUCUCCGACGUAUUCACCAAACAUUUCGUUAACCACAUCACCUCAAAACUUUUCAUCGGCAAUGCAAAUGCUUGAGCCACUUGAUAACGACGAGCAAACGCAUUUCUUAAUGAACAAUUCAUACAAUGGUAUGGCGGACGAUAGCGAUCACACGAUGGACGUAGAAUACAAUUCACUCGAUAUUAAUAAAACAAAAUUCCAAUCGUUUGGCAUUUAUAUCGGAAACGAGCUAUGUUCGCUUCGCAAUGAUGUCGCUGAAGAGCUUCACGAGAGAUUACUAACUGAAAUAUUAAAGUUUAAAAGAGAACUUCGAAAGACGAAUUGUGUUGAAAUGUAGAUAAAGAAUUUAUCAUUUUAAUUGAUCGAUCUGCGUUCAACAUUAAGUUUAUGUCAUCUGUUCCGUGAAACAGAAUUAGAUAAAUCAAAAGAUCAACAAAUCUAGAGCUAGCUCUAGAUGUUCAUUCAGGAAAUAUUCUUUAGGGAUGUAAAAUUAAAGAGAAAACAAAAAUGUAUUUACAAAUCUUUAACUUAUUUACUCAAUUGAACGAACAUAGUAUUAUUUUUAAUUUAAAAGUUUAAAAAUGAAGAUUAAAACUUAGGAAAAAGAAAACUUUGAGAAAAGUUGUAAUAACAAAUAACUCAAACAGCAUUAGAACAGAAAACAUUGCAGAUUUAAAUAUUAUUAGAAAUCUACUGUAUUUAUUUUAUUUUACUACCUUUUGUUUUAAUUCUUAUGUUUUACAACUCAACCAACUCAAUCAAAAAUGUUUGAAGUUUAUUGUAAUCAUUCAGAUAUAGAAAUGAAACAUUUUAUGAACAAUUCACCAAAAGAAAAAAAGUAAUUUUAAUGUCAGAAGUCUGCAAUAACAUUGAAUUAGUAUUUUAUCCGUUCUUCCUCUCAAAUAAUUGUGCAGCCUUCUCAAAUAAUCAUAAAUUAAGAAACAUUAAUUUCUUUUUUGUUGUUGCAAUUUGGUCACAUCAGGUUUUAGAUUUAAUAAGAAUUGUUGAAAUUAUUAUUUUUUUGAUUAAUUAUCUAUUUUAACUGAGACUGUUUAAAAAGUUUGGAACUUCGAUUAAUAAUAAAACAUCUAAUCGAUAUGAGUCAGUGUUUCUUAAGCUGUCGAUCGCGACACGCUGGUAACUUACCGUAAAAAUGUUAAGAACAAUAAAAAGAAAAGUUCCGAAUCCAGUGAAAGUUUCAGAAACAUUGACAUAGCAGACUCUAUAGAGAAGUUACUAUACGUAAAAUAUAUGUAGAUGAUGAAGGGUUAAACUCACGAGUACAAUAUAAUCUACCGCUGGAAAACAUUGAACAAUACUUACUUAUUAAUAGAUUAAUAUCUAGAUGAAAGAAAUAUGGAAACGAAAAUGUUAUUUUCCAUGAUUUUUAAGAAAUAAAAAAAGAAAUGACAUUAAAGAAAUU